CCAAGUGUUUCAAAGUCAUGUUUCUACCGACAUCUCCAUCUCCAUCUCCGAGAGGAAGUUAUUGAGAAUUUGUCUUGCCGGAUUAUAAAGAAGGAAUCCAAAAUUUGCGAUGUAAACUUUAAACUUAAGCGCAAAAAAAAAAACUUUUGUAUAACCGUUUUAAUAGAAUAAUAUUUCAUGUUUCUACAAUGAAAUCGGACGGAACACGGAACACAAUGUCUCAAGCUUUUCUAAAUUUUCAAGUUCCUCCUUCUUUCUCAAUCCCCAAAACCCUAAUUCACUCUCACUCCCUCAAAACCUUAAAGAAUCCUAAACUGAACUCACGAAAAUUCCUCUUACAAUGCUCAGUUUCUUCUUCCGACGGACCCAAAACCUUAAGAACUUGCAAAAACUGCAAAACCCAAUUCGAUCCUCUCCUCAACAAUCCACGCGCUUGUAGAUUCCACACUGCUCAUUACGGAGGUGAGACGAAGAGGAAAUUUGAGAGUGUAUAUACUGGUGGAACAAUGGAUACACCAAAUUCAGGAAAAGUUUUACAAUAUUGGCAUUGUUGUGGUUCUGAAGAUCCUUUUGAUUCUGGUUGUACUGCUUCUCCUCAUACAACAUAUGAUGAUUGAUUCAAUUUCUGGAAUGUAAUGAAAAUUUGUAAUGAAGAAGAAGAAGAAGAAAGGGAAAGAAUAUUAUGUAAAAGUUACCUUUAUGUAUUCUUUUCUUGCAGAGAAUCUUUUGUACAAAACAACAUUUUUGUGAUAUGAGAUUCUUGUUUUGUUUUGUCCAAACUUCUAACUUUGCUUCUCAAGUUUCCGUUAGUUUGCUUGAUGUUUUGUCUUUU